CUCUCUCACACACACUCUCCACUAGAUAGCAAUCGGAUUCCACCGAUGUACCGCGGACGUGCGCUCUUCACACAUAUUAGGUCGGCUCACACCUUCUCUUCCGUGACUUUGAUGGGGACUUGGACAACAGCGAGGGAAAAUGCCUGUGAUGAAAGGAUUACUUGCGCCGCAGAACACGUUUCUGGACACCAUAGCCACACGGUUUGACGGCACGCACAGCAACUUCAUCCUGGCUAAUGCCCAGGUGUCCAAGGCCCAAGGCUUCCCCAUUGUCUACUGUUCAGAUGGCUUCUGUGAGCUCACAGGCUUCUCUCGCGCUGAAGUCAUGCAGAAGAGCUGUGCCUGUAAGUUCCUGUACGGCCCAGAGAGCAGCGAGACCAUCAUCCUCAGCAUCGACGAUGCCCUGGACGAACGCAAGGAGUUCAAGGAAGAGAUCAUGUUCUACAAGAAGACAGCAUCGCUGUUCUGGUGCCUGCUGGAAAUUGUCCCCAUUAAGAAUGAGAAGGGAGACGUGGUGCUCUUCCUGGCUUCAUUUAAAGACAUCACAGACACCAAGGCCAAGGCCAUCCCAGAGGACAGGCGAGAAGAGCGCCGACGAGGGCGGGUGAAGACUGGCUCUUCAUUCAGCUCUACUCGUCUGCGGCGCAGCACUGUACUCUACCACAUCUCUGGUCACCUCCACAGCAAAGACAACAACAAGAAGAAGAAGACAAAGAUCAAACUCAACAAGAAUGUGUUCGGGGACCCCCCUGCUCUGCCGGAGUACAAGGUUGCGGACGCCAAGAAGUCCAAGUUCAUCCUGCUUCACUUCAGCACCUUCAAGGCAGGCUGGGAUUGGCUGAUUCUGCUGGCUACCUUCUACGUUGCCGUGACAGUGCCCUACAACGUCUGCUUCAUCGGAGACGAUGACCUCACCAGAAGCACUACAGUCAGCGACAUUGCCGUGGAGAUACUCUUUAUUAUAGACAUUGUGUUCAGCUUCCGUACCACGUAUGUGAGUAAGUCUGGUCAGGUGAUCUUCAACGCGCGGUUGAUCUGCAUCCACUACAUGACCACGUGGUUCAUCAUCGACCUGGUUGCCGCACUGCCCUUUGACCUCCUCUACGCCUUUAAAGUCAGCGUGGUAUCAGUAGUCCACCUGUUGAAGACAGUGCGUCUACUCCGGCUGCUGCGUCUGCUCCAGAAGAUGGACCGGUACUCCCAGCACAGCACUGUGGUUCUCACCCUGCUCAUGUCCAUGUUCGCCCUGCUGGCCCACUGGAUGGCCUGCAUCUGGUACGUCAUCGGCAAGAAGGAGAUGGAGGCCAACGCCUACUCCUGGGACAUCGGCUGGCUCCAUGAGUUGGGGAAGCGUCUGGAGUCUCCCUACGACCUCCUGGGGGAGGUGAACGGGACGGGGCUGAGCGGUCCCUCUCUGAGGAGUGUCUACAUCGCUUCCCUCUACUUCACCCUGUCCAGUCUGACCAGCGUGGGCUUCGGCAACGUGUCGGCCAACACCGACGCUGAGAAGAUCUUCUCCAUCUGCACCAUGCUCAUCGGAGCGUUGAUGCACGCCCUGGUGUUUGGUAACGUGACAGCCAUUAUUCAGAGGAUGUACUCUCGCUGGUCCCAGUACCACACCCGCACCAAGGACCUGAAGGACUUCAUCCGGGUCCACCACCUGCCCCAGGGCCUCAAACAGCGCAUGCUGGAGUACUUCCAGACCACAUGGUCCGUCAACAAUGGCAUCGACUCCAACGAGCUGCUGAAGGACUUCCCAGACGAGCUGCGCUCUGACAUCACCAUGCACUUGAACAAGGAGAUCCUGGAGCUGUCACUGUUUGCCUCGGCCAGCAGAGGGUGCCUGCGCUCCCUGUCCCUGCAUAUCAAGACCACGUUCUGUGCCCCUGGGGAGUACCUGCUGCGCCAGGGGGACGCCCUGCAGGCCAUCUUCUUCGUCUGCUCCGGGUCCAUGGAGGUGCUGAAGGAUGGCAUGGUGCUGGCUAUACUGGGUAAAGGUGACCUGAUCGGGGCCAACAUGUCUAUAGAUGACCAGGUGAUAAAGACCAACGCGGAUGUGAAGGCUCUAACCUACUGUGACCUGCAGUGUAUCAACCUGAGUGGUCUGUACCAAGUACUGGACCUCUACCCAGAGUACACCAGCCGCUUUGUCCAGGACAUCCAGCUGGACCUCACAUACAACCUGAGGGAGGGACACGAGUGCCAU